AUAUCACACCAACUGACUGUUUUUUCUGAUGUUCACACAGGAUACCAUGUUGAGACAUUCUCCACAUCCAGAGAGCAACAGCAGGAAGAUCAGAGAGCUAAGAGGUCUCAUCACUGCCCACAUUGUGAAGAGAUUUUCCCAUUUCUAUCAAAGCUAAAAAUACACCUAAAAAUACACACAGGAGAGAAGCCUUACUCCUGCUCUGACUGUGGAAAAUGCUUCAAAACAUCAACGGUGCUAAAACUUCAUCAGAGAACACACACAGGAGAGAAGCCUUUCUUCUGCCCUGACUGUGGAACUCGUUUCUCUCAACUUUCCUACUUAAAAUCACAUGAACGUCUCCAUACAGGGGAGAAGCCAUACUCCUGCUCUGACUGUGGAAAAUGUUUUAAAACAUCAACUGAGCUAAAAGUUCACCAGAGAACACACACAGGAGAGAAGCCUUACGUCUGCUCUGACUGUGGAAAAUGCUUCACAACAUCAACUCAUCUAAAAGUUCAUCAGAGAACACACACAGGAGAGAAGCCUUAUUACUGCUCUGACUGUGGAAAACUUUUUAAAACAUCAAAUGAGCUAAAAGUUCACCAGAGAACACACACAGGAGAGAAGCCUUAUUACUGCUCUGACUGUGGAACUAGUUUCUCUAAAUUUUCCAACUUAAAAACACAUGAACUUAUACAUACAGGAGAGAAGCCUUUCCUCUGCUCUGACUGUGGGGCGAGUUUCUCUCAGCUGGGCACCUUAAAAACACACCAACGUAUACACACAGGAGAGAAGCCUUAUUCCUGCUCUGACUGUGGAAAACGUUUUAAAACAUCAAAUGAGCUAAAAGUUCAUCAGAAGACUCACACAGGAGAGAAGCCUUUCUUCUGCUCUGACUGUGGGGCGAGUUUCUCUCAACUUUCCCAUUUACAAUCACAUGAACGUAUACAUACAGGAGAGAAGCCUUUCUUCUGCUCUGACUGUGGGGCCAGUUUCUCUCAGCUGGGCACCUUAAUAACACACCAACGUAUACACACAGGAGAGAAGCCUUAUUCCUGCUCUGACUGUGGAAAAUGUUUUAAAACAUCAACUGAGCUAAAAGUUCACCAGAGAACACACACAGGAGAGAAGCCUUACGUCUGCUCUGACUGUGGAACUAGUUUCUCGCAACUUUCCAACUUAAAAUCACAUGAACGUAUACAUACAGGGGAGAAGCCAUACUCCUGCUCGGACUGUGGAAAAUGCUUCAAAACAUCAACUGAGCUAACAGUUCAUCAGAGGACAGACACAGGAGGAAGGCCUUAUUCCUGCUCUGACUGUGGAAAAAGUUUUAAAACAUCAAAUAAGCUUAAAGUUCACCAGAGAACUCACACAGGAGAGAAGCCUUACGUCUGCUCUGACUGUGGAACUAGUUUCUCGCAACUUUCCAACUUAAGAUCACAUGAACGUAUACAUACAGGGGAGAAGCCAUACUCCUGCUCUGUCUGUGGAAAAUGCUUCAGAACAUCAACUAAGCUAAAAGUUCAUCGGAGAACACGUACAGGAGAAAAGCCUUACUCCUGUUCUGACCGUGGGGUGAGUUUCUCUUGACUGGAUACCUUAAACACACACCAACAUAUACAUAAAGGAGAGAAGCCAUACUCCUGCUCUGUUUGUGUAAAAUGCUUCAAAACAGUAACCGAGCUAAUAGUUCAUCAGAGAAUACACGCAUGAGAGAAGCCUGCUUACGUCUGCUCUGACUUUUGGGCGAGUUUCUCUCACCAUAGCAACUUAACACACCAAUGUAAUCACACAGGAGAGAAGUCUUACUCCUGCUCUGUAGAAGGGUGGGCGUGUAACACAAACUUCUAGUCAAAGGCUGCUGUGUUUAGAAUCUCAUCAAGGAGGACUGUAGCAUUUUAGCUAAUCAGCAACUUUGCAACUACUUACUACUUUUUAGCUAUUACUUAGCAUGUUAGCUUAGCAUGCAACUACUUAGUAUGUUAGCUAACCUUUCCCCUAAAACCAUUUAACCCCUCACCCAUAACCUAGCUAACGUUAGCAACAACAAAUUGGAAUUCGUAACAUAUCAUACAUAUUACUAGUUCGUAACAUAUUGUAUGAAUAGCAAUGCGUAAAAUAACGUAAGAAUUGUAAUUCGUAACAUACGAUACAUCCUAGAAGUCGUAUUAUACUGAACAAUUUAAACACAACAAUUUCAAAGAUGUAUAGUUCGUAUAAGGAAAGCAGUCAUUUUAAAUAAGAGGUCAUAAUCUAUGGAUUUCACAUGACUGGGCAGGGGCUCCACCAUGGGUGGGACUUGGGAGGGCAUCGGCCCACUUGGGAGCCAGGCCCAUUCAAUCGGCAUGAGUUUUUCCCCACAAAAGGUCUUGAUUACAGCCGAAAUACUACUCAGCCCCCUCCCAGACAAUCCUGCAGGUGAAGAGGUCCUGGGCUGCCGUGGUUACAUGUGAUCUGCAGUUGUGAGGCCGGUUGGAUGUACUGCCAAAUUCUCUAAAAGGACGUUAGAGGUGGCUUAUGGUGGAGAUAUACAUAUUGAAUUGUCUCCUGCAGUCAUCAUGUCAUUGCACAUUCCCUGAACUUGAGAUAUAUGUGACAUUGUGUUGUGUGGCCUUUUAUUGUCCCCCAGCACAAGGUGCACUUGUGUAAUGAUAAUGCUGUUUUAUCAGCAUCUUGAUAUGCCACACCUGUCAGGUGGAUGGAUUAUCUUGACAAAGGCUGAAAUGCUCACGAACAGGGAUAGUAACAAAGUUGUGCACAACAUUUGAGAGAAAUUAGCUUUUUCUGCACAUGGAACAUUGCUGGAAUGUUCAUUGCUGGAAUGUUCAGCUCAUGAAACCAACACUUUACGUGUUUAGUUUAUAUUUUAGUUCAGGUUAAAUUGGUAGUCCAAUGUAAUAUAACCUAACAUACUAAAUGGAGUGGCACGGAUGUUUUUGUGAUACAUAAUACGUUUUGCUCUGAGACCAAGUUGUCCCUCUGUAGUAUUCUGUGGGAAGGAGCUAGUAGACACUUCAUUAAAAAAACAUUUUUUUUAACCUUUAUUUAACUAGGCUAGUCUGUUAAGAACAAAUUCUUAUUUACAAUGAUGGACUAGGAACAGUGGGUUAACUGCCUUGUUCAGAGGCAGAACAACAGAGUUUUACCUUGUCAGCUCGUGGACCUUUUGGUUACUGGCCCAAUGCUCUAACCACAAGUCUACCUUCCGCCCCUAACAUGUAUCAGAUAGAGAUGGUGUGAUGAUCACUUUUCACCACUAGUUUGGGGGGAUUAUUUUACAACUUUAUUUAAUGAUACACAGUUUAUGAAAUUAAUCCAUGUGUUUAUUAAUAGUCUUUAAAACUAGAUUCGUUAUUUUAGUUACUGAUCAUGAAUGUGUUUGGAUAACUGCAUUGAAGCAAACUUUAUUGAUCUGCCAAUGAAAAAUAAAGUUACAUGAAUA